GCCCCCCUUCACUUCCACUCCGUAGAUCAGGAUAGUGAUAGAGAAGCUUGGCUCUCAUCAAGGCUUCCAACCAUCCUCUAUCUAUCGCUUCCAAUUGCUUCCGCUCCAAAAAGCACUCGACUAAAGGUCCAGCUGAAACCCUCCACCUCAGAUCAUGACCACUACCAUCUGCACCCGCUUCACUGAGGAAUUCCAGAUGUUUGAGGAACUGGGCAAGGGAGCUUUUUCAGUGGUGCGGCGGUGCCUGAAGGUCCUCUCAGGCCAAGAGUAUGCUGCUAAGAUCAUCAACACCAAGAAGCUAUCUGCCAGGGAUCACCAGAAGCUGGACAGAGAGGCCAGGAUCUGCCGACUGCUGAAGCACUCCAAUAUCGUGCGUCUCCAUGACAGCAUCUCGGAGGAAGGGCAUCACUACCUGAUCUUUGACCUAGUGACGGGCGGCGAACUCUUCGAAGACAUUGUUGCUCGAGAGUACUACAGUGAGGCUGACGCCAGCCAUUGUAUUCAGCAGAUUCUGGAGGCAGUGCUUCAUUGUCAUCAGAUGGGAGUCGUUCACAGAGACCUCAAGCCGGAGAACCUUCUGCUGGCCUCCAAGUCCAAGGGAGCUGCAGUGAAGCUGGCCGACUUUGGCCUGGCCAUCGAGGUGGAGGGGGACCAACAAGCCUGGUUCGGCUUUGCAGGGACACCUGGUUACCUGUCUCCUGAGGUCCUGAGGAAGGACCCAUAUGGCAAAGCUGUGGACCUGUGGGCUUGCGGUGUGAUCCUGUACAUCCUACUGGUGGGAUAUCCUCCAUUCUGGGAUGAGGACCAGCACAGACUGUACCAGCAGAUCAAGGCUGGGGCCUACGAUUUCCCCUCACCAGAGUGGGACACUGUUACUCCAGAGGCCAAGGAUCUCAUCAACAAGAUGUUGACCAUCAACCCUGCCAAGCGCAUCACAGCCUCGGAGGUUCUCAAACAUCCCUGGAUCUCACACCGCUCCACUGUGGCCUCCUGCAUGCACAGACAGGAGACGGUGGAGUGCCUGAAAAAGUUCAACGCCAGAAGGAAACUCAAGGGUGCCAUUCUCACCACCAUGUUGGCGACUCGGAACUUCUCAGGAGGUAACAAGGCCAACAAGAAGACUGAUGGUGUGAAGAAAAGGAAGUCCAGUUCCAGCGUCCAGCUGAUGGAAUCCUCUGAAAGCACCAACACCACUAUUGAGGACGAAGACACCAGAGUGAGGAAACAGGAGAUCAUCAAGGUAACAGAGCAGCUCAUAGAAGCCAUCAGCAAUGGAGACUUUGAGAGCUACACUAAGAUGUGUGACCCCAGUGUGACAGCGUUUGAGCCAGAAGCUCUGGGUAAUCUGGUGGAAGGCCUGGACUUCCAUCGCUUCUACUUUGAGAACUUGUGGUCUAAGAACAGUAAGCCUGUCCACACCACCAUCCUGAACCCCCACAUCCACCUUAUCGGGGAGGAAGCUGCCUGCAUCGCCUACAUCCGCAUCACCCAGUACAUCGACACCAACGGCAUGCCCCGCACCGCCCAGUCUGAGGAGACACGCAUCUGGCACCGCCGUGACGGCAAGUGGCAGAUAGUCCACUUCCACCGCUCUGGAUCACCCUCCGCCAUCACCAAGUAAGCCAGUGUGGUCAGGCAAUCUCUCGUCUUCCCCUCUGACCCCAGCUGAGCUCUAGAGCAGGAGGGUUUGAGUGAGACGUCUGUCUGAGUGACACCGGUGGGUUACCAGCCAGCUUCAUGGGGACACAGAGGGACUCCCACCGACCGGCCUGAGGAACCACGAGCCCGCCCGCACGCACGCCACAUCUCAUCUCUUUACUUGAAAUCAGUUUAUGUCUCCUCUCAUAUCCGUCACAAGCAAAUCAGAUUAGCGUCACACUAUGUCACGCUCUCAUGUAUUUAUUGGAUAUGCUGUGUGUGUCAGGAACAUUUUAGCCUUGUUAUGCUGUCUCUCCGCUUGUUCUUCUCUGACCUUCUUGGUUCUUGUCAUACUACAGUACUUGGCAGAGUCACAAUUAGUACAAAUGGAUCUAUGAGUAGGAUUCAAUCUGUAAAAUAUAGCCAAGGGAAGUAGGGAUACUGAGUGUGCUGAUUUAUUAUAAUCCCCACAAAAUUUGUGAACUAGGCCUUUAUUACUCCUGUUUGCAGAGCAGAGAAAUCCCCCUUUCCUCAAUAAAAAUGAUCCUCACCCACCCCCCUAAACAUCUUCCCGCGGCUCUAAAGCGCUCGCAGUAAUCGGCACCUACAGUUUUCCUUACACUUAAAUGUUUUUAUUCAACAAUGCUCCCUCAACAAUGCUCCCUCAACAAUGCUCCCUCAACAAUGCUCCCUCAACAAUGUUCCCUCAACAAUGCUCCCUCAACAAUGCUCCCUCAACAAUGCUCCCUCAACAAUGCUCCCUCAACAAUGUUCCCUCAACAAUGCUCCCUCAACAAUGCUCCCUCAACAAUGCUCCCUCAACAAUGCUCCCUCAACAAUGUUCCCUCAACAAUGCUCCCUCAACAAUGCUCCCUCAACAAUGCUCCCUCAACAAUGCUCCCUCAACAAUGCUCCCUCAACAAUGUUCCCUCAACAAUGCUCCCUCAACAAUGCUCCCUCAACAAUGCUCCCUCAACAAUGCAGUAUAUUAAUAUUUAAUAAUAACAUUAAAAGUCCAGUCAGAAAUAACAAGUAAUAGUAAUAGUAAGAUAAAUAUGUACAUAAUAGAACAUAAUACUGUACAAAGGAGAGCAUCAUAGCACUUCUUUAGGUUCUUCCAAUGAGGACUGAGGGUAUAUACCAUAUAUCUUCCUCACUUUUUAUUGUUGUCAAUACAAACCCCCUCUCGCUUGUUAGAGCAGUUGAACUUACUUGCAGCGGACAGUGUAAACUACAGUAUUCUGCCUACUUCAGAGUAAGAAGCAAUUUAAAAAAGACCACUAACACUGCCCCAGGAUUUUCUGCAAUAAGUUAGAUUGGUGUUUUUAUACUAAAUAGUGUGUUCUUCUGAUAAAGAUUUGUUGUGGAUUUAAAAAUGACAAUUCAUUUUAGAGACUUUGUUUUAUUGAUGUCCCAUUCCCUCUAUUUCGUCACUCUCCAGUGUUAAUAUCACUGUUUAUUGCAUGCAAGUAUAUACAUGAGCUUAGGAUCUCUCUGCUUGUGUUUCUAGUUCUCAAAUCUGUCAAAUGUGAUAUUUCAGAUGUACUCUCAGAGAUGUAUAAAUACUUGUAUCUUUUUACCGUUCAAAGGAUGUCAAAACGGGACAAAAAAGAACAUGACAUUGCCUCUUAACCGCAGUAUGUGUUUCCCUGUGUGUUAACAAUAAAUGCCUCACAGAAUAUUUGAUUGUGCGUUGAAAAACUGCCAGAUAUGAAUUUGAUUGAAACAAAACGUGUUUACUAUUGGCAGUUCAACACAGAUUUAUAUCAAACUUUGUACUGUAAAGCAAUUUGUGAAAAAUCUGCUGAAUACGACAAACAAAUGUUUUCCUCAAAAUAUUUGAUAGAAAAGGAUAAAAGAAGAACCACAACAGCCAAAUCCUCUGUGUAUGCUUUCUAGAACUGAUUCAACAGAUUGUAUACUUGUUUUAUACAGUAGUUUAGUAUUUUAGUGUGAAUGGCCAGGCCUACAGCCUACUGCUUUAAAACAGCAUAAGAACUUCCAUCACACUGCUGCUCUGAUGUUGCUGUUUCUUUCCUGGCACCAUUGAACGGAGCACAUUGAGGACCUUAUGGUACUGUAUAGGAGUUAUUGUAGGAUUUAUGUUAUUCUGGAUAUGAGACGCUUACUUUAUAUUAUUCUGGAUAUGAGACGCUUUCUUUAUAUUAUUCUGGAUAUGUGGCUCUUUAUUUCUUUAUAUUAUUCUGGAUAUGUGGCUCUUUAUUUCUUUAUAUUAU